CCGCGCGAGGUGCUAUAUAAGCUCGAGACACGGAACCUCCCAGACAGAACCGGAUCAGCGCGGUGAAACCCAAACACGACAUCAUUCCAUUUAAUCUGAUUCUAAUCAGUCAAGAUGCCUGAAGCACAUGACCAACCAAUGGAGGAGGAGGCAGAGACCUUUGCCUUCCAGGCAGAGAUUGCCCAGUUGAUGUCUCUGAUCAUCAACACUUUCUAUUCCAACAAAGAGAUCUUUCUCAGGGAACUCAUCUCAAACUCCUCAGAUGCACUGGACAAAAUCAGAUACGAAAGUCUGACUGAGCCAAGUAAGCUAGACUCAGGAAAAGAUCUGAAGAUUGAAAUCAUUCCCAACAAAGAGGAGCGCACACUGACUAUCAUUGACACAGGCAUUGGCAUGACCAAGGCCGAUCUCAUCAACAACCUGGGUACCAUUGCCAAGUCUGGAACCAAGGCGUUCAUGGAGGCUCUGCAGGCUGGAGCUGAUAUCUCUAUGAUUGGCCAGUUUGGUGUGGGUUUCUACUCUGCCUACCUGGUAGCUGAGAAAGUUACUGUCAUCACCAAACACAAUGAUGAUGAACAGUAUGCCUGGGAGUCGUCUGCUGGAGGUUCAUUCACAGUGAAGGUGGACAACUUUGAACCUAUUAAUCGUGGAACAAAAGUGGUCCUGCAUCUGAAGGAAGAUCAGACAGAAUACAUUGAGGAGAGGCGCAUUAAGGAGAUUGUGAAGAAGCACUCACAGUUCAUUGGCUAUCCAAUCACACUCUAUGUGGAAAAAGAGCGUGACAAGGAGAUAAGUGACGAUGAAGCUGAGGAAGAAAAAGAAAAGGAUAAGACUGAAGAGGAAGGCGAGAAAGAUGAAGAUAAGCCAGAGAUUGAGGAUGUCGGUUCAGAUGAUGAGGAUCAUGACAAAAGCACAGACAAAAAGAAGAAAAAGAAAAUCAAGGAGAAGUACAUCGAUCAGGAAGAGCUUAAUAAGACCAAGCCUCUGUGGACACGUAACCCUGAUGACAUUACCAAUGAAGAGUAUGGUGAGUUCUACAAGAGCCUGACCAACGAUUGGGAGGAUCACCUUGCCGUUAAGCAUUUCUCAGUGGAAGGGCAGCUGGAGUUUCGUGCACUGUUAUUUGUACCACGCAGAGCACCUUUUGAUCUUUUUGAGAACAAGAAAAAAAAGAAUAACAUUAAGCUGUAUGUGCGCAGAGUUUUCAUCAUGGACAACUGUGAUGAACUUAUUCCAGAGUACCUCAACUUUAUUAAGGGUGUAGUAGACUCUGAGGAUCUACCCCUGAACAUCUCUAGAGAAAUGCUGCAACAGAGCAAGAUCCUGAAAGUCAUUCGAAAAAAUCUGGUCAAGAAAUGCCUUGAGCUCUUCACUGAACUUGCAGAGGACAAAGACAACUACAAAAAGUUCUAUGAGCAGUUCUCCAAGAAUAUUAAGCUUGGUAUCCAUGAGGACUCACAAAACAGGAAAAAGCUCUCGGAGCUGCUGCGCUACUACACCUCAGCCACUGGAGAUGAGAUGGUGUCCCUAAAAGAUUAUGUGACGCGCAUGAAGGACACCCAGAAGCACAUCUACUACAUCACUGGUGAGACCAAAGACCAGGUUGCCAACUCUGCCUUUGUGGAACGCCUGCGCAAAGCCGGUCUAGAAGUGAUCUACAUGAUUGAGCCUAUUGAUGAGUACUGUGUACAGCAGUUAAAGGAAUUUGAGGGCAAAAACCUUGUGUCAGUGACAAAAGAGGGUCUGGAACUGCCUGAAGAUGAGGAGGAGAAAAAGAAGCAAGAGGAGAAGAAGACACAGUUUGAAAACCUGUGCAAAAUCAUGAAGGACAUCCUUGAAAAGAAAGUCGAAAAGGUGACAGUCUCCAACCGUCUGGUCGCCUCCCCAUGCUGCAUUGUCACAAGCACAUAUGGCUGGACUGCAAACAUGGAGAGGAUCAUGAAAGCCCAAGCACUGAGGGACAACUCUACCAUGGGUUACAUGGCUGCCAAGAAGCACCUAGAGAUCAACCCUGACCACCCCAUUGUUGAAACACUACGACAGAAAGCAGAGGCUGACAAGAAUGACAAGUCAGUAAAGGAUCUGGUCAUCUUGCUGUUUGAGACUGCACUACUUUCCUCUGGCUUCUCACUUGAUGAUCCUCAGACACACUCAAACCGCAUUUACAGGAUGAUCAAGCUGGGCUUAGGCAUCGAUGACGAUGACCUGGCGACUGAAGAGCCAAGCUCCGCUCCCAUUGAGGACAUGCCUCCCUUGGAAGGGGAUGACGACACAUCCCGGAUGGAGGAAGUUGAUUAAAGCAAAAUUGCUUGUUUGUUAGUUUAUAUUCUGUAAAAAAGAACAUUUGUACAUUUGGGUUUAAUUUGGGGCUUAAUAAUCCUGAGUAGCUGGAUCCUACCGAAAGCAGUGAGUGCAAACUUGUGCUGUUAAUGGCAUUAGCAUGAUUUCUCAUGUAAGAUGAUGCAUGUAUUUACUCAAGACUAUCUAAAAGCUUUGUGGGACUGGUUCUCCAGACACUGCUUAAACUUGGUUUUAAAUGACUUUUGUUAAAGCGGAUUCCAAACAGUGUUGGACGCUAGACCUGACAGUUCAGUGUAUAGAGAACAAUCCAGCUAUUGCUACAUGCAACAUUUAAUAUUUAGAAAGUGAGGUCAGUAAAGUGGUCCUUAAGUCAUUCACUCUCUAGCUGCACCUGACUUGGUUUUCGAGUGCAAAUUGAGCCCACUCAGUGUUAAUAAUCCUUAUGUUGGUUAUAAUGUUUUAAUAUUUGUUGUAAUUGCUUCAAUACGAUUUCUUUCAGGAACACCAAUUCCUGUUGCUUUUUGUAAUUGUUUAUGACUUUAUUUAUGACUUUAUUUAUGACUUUAUUUGUAUUUAUUUACAUUCCUCGGUUAUUGUUUUCCAUUUGUUGUAAAAUGUAUAUGUGUAUUAGAAACUGUUAUUUCAAAAGGUGAGGGAAGAAAUUAAACUUUGCCAUAUCAAA